UUAAGAAAAAAAUUGUAGGCGUAUAACAGGAACAAAUUAUGCUAAUUCAAUACUCAUUUCACGAACGUACGUCAGGGUUAUGCGCGGGCGAAGUUGUGUUAAAGUUUCUGGAAAGUGGGCUUUUCAUUUUAAACCUUCAUCACCUGAGUCGAUCGCUGUGUCAUUUCGUCAAUUCUCUGUAUUUGCUCAUCGUGCACGGAUCUUAUAAAGGAUCUAUAUAUCGAUCAUCGAAUUUUAAUUUAAUAUUUUCAUUAUGUUAUAUUAUAUUUAAUUCUAGAAUAAUUAGAAUUACUGUAUAUUUUGUAUAAAUUAUUAAAGAAUUUAUUAAGAAUAAAUUAAAAAAAUGGAAUAUUUUCGAAUUCUAAUACUAAUAGUGUUCGCUAUAAUGGUCAACGGCAGACAAUACUUGCAAUCAAGGAUAAUCUCAUCUGCUGGUUGUGAUAAUUACACUUGUGGAAUCAACGCGAAAUGUACAAUAAGUCGUGGGCGUCCCGUAUGUUCCUGUCUUAAUCUUCAUAUGGGCGAUCCUCUUUCACAAUGUAUACGUGUUGAAUGUUUAAUUAAUGAAGACUGUGAUGGGAUUAAAACUUGCAUAAAUAAUAAAUGUGUUGAUCCAUGCCCUGGUUUAUGUGGUAUAAAUGCAUCAUGUGAGACUAAAAAUCAUAUACCUCGAUGUUAUUGCCCACCAGGAUAUACAGGCAAUCCUUCUAGCAAUUGUCAUAUUGCUGAUCCCCAAGCAGCAUGUAAACCUAGUCCAUGCGGAGAAAAUACAAAGUGUGAGGUAAUUAAUGAAAUACCAGUUUGUACUUGCCUUCCUGGUUAUAAAGGAUCACCUUUAUCUAGAUGUCGUCAUGAAUGUGAAAAUGACGAUGAAUGUCCUAAUCAUCUAGCAUGUUCAUCCUUAUUUAAAUGUGAAAGUCCAUGUAAAUGCGGUAAAAAUGCUAAUUGCGAUGUUACCAAUCAUCUUGCCAAAUGCACAUGUCCGCAUAAUUGGUUAGGAAAUCCAUAUCUUUCAUGCCAUCCAGAAUGUACUACUCAUUCUGACUGUCCAAGUAGCAAACCUGCUUGUCUCUAUCAAAAGUGUGUAAAUCCUUGUGACGGAGUAUGUGGAGUAAAUGCUGAUUGUAAUUUACGUGAUAUUACCCCUGUAUGCAGUUGUCCAAAACACAUGACAGGGAAUCCUUUUGUGUAUUGCAGAAAUUUUGAACCAAGAGAUCUUUGCGAACCAAAUCCUUGUGGUGUAGAUGCUGUUUGUACUCCUGGUCAUGAUAAUACAGGUAAAGAAAGGCCAGUUUGUACAUGUCCUACUGGUUACAUUGGUAAUGCUCUAAAAGUAUGUCAAAGAGGAGAAUGCCUUAGCGAUAAUGAAUGUCCCGAUAAUCGAGCCUGCAUAGAUUUCACUUGUCAAAAUCCAUGUACUGGUUAUGAGUGUGGACCAAAUGCCAUUUGCACGCCAAGGCGUCAUAUUGCUGUUUGUACUUGUCCUGAUGGAACACGGGGUGAUGCACUUUUUAAUUGCAAUCCAAUUGAUAGUAGAUCUGCAUAUUAUGCAAAGUCUAAUCGGUAUAGCUCCUAUUGAAUCGAACGGGAUUUUUAUGUGAAUAUUAAUGUGCAAAAAAAAAAGAAUAGAAAAAAAUGCAGAAUAAUGAUGUAAAACUAAAAGUAUAUUUUCAUUCAUAAUUUCGAUGCUU